AUGUUCGCAAAGACCCGCUCGCAGGGCACUGCUCACGAGCAGGAGCGCUCAGUCUCGCCGGCCGUGGUCCUGCCGAGCAGGGAUAGCCAGGACGCCGAGGAAGAGGGUCUGCUAGUCAAAGCAGAACACCUUUCGAGCGGGCUGAGUGGGCGGAUGCCGAAUCUCUCGCCUUUCCACGCCGGCGUCUGCUGCCUCCUCUCUGUCCAAAACAGCUCAUACGUGCUGCUGCGGCGCUACUCGUCGGGUGUGCUGCACGAGGAGGCGUCGGCGCAGUCGAUUCUCGCGGUUGGCGAGGUGCUCAAGCUGUGCUUCUCGUGGCUGAUGAUCCUCCGUGAGUCGCCGGACGAUCCAGGCGAGGCACGCCUCCACGACAGCGCGAAGCGUGGACCGCGCUGGUUUGCAGAGACGAGCCUCAAGCUUGUGCGCACGUCAGCAAAGAUGGCGACAAAAAUCCUCUUCACCGCCGUCCUCUCGCGGCUGCUGCUGCAGAGGCUCCUCUCGCUCGCGCGGUGGCGGGCGAUCCUCACCCUCUUCCUCUCGGUGCUCAUCAUCUGCCACCAGACGCAGCCGCAAGCCGCGUGCGCGCCGCCGCCGCGGGAGACGCUCGCCACUGCGGAGCACAUGCAGCAGGCAGCAGACAUGCGCGAGGCCGUGGCGGGCGAGGGCGGCGGGCCGACGGAGCGGGCGUGGCACGACUACGUCGUCGGCGUGAGCGCUGUCACUCUCGAGGCGAUGCUCUCUGGCCUGAGCAACGUCUACUUUGAGAGGGUGCUCAAGUCGACGGCGCUGUCGUUGUGGGAGAGAAACGUCCAGCUGGCGGGCUACUCUCUGCUCAUCUACGUCCCGAUGGCGCAGCACGCUCACCCGGGCGACGGCAUGUCCCGCGGCUGUCGCGACAUGCUGCAUGGCUGGUCGGGGGUGACGGUGGUGGUCGCGUGUCUCGGCGCGCUCGGCGGGAUCCUCAUCGGGCUGGUCCUCAAGUACUGCGACUCCAUCAUCAAGAACCUCGCCCUCUCCACCGCCAUCAUCACCACGGCCACCCUCGACCACUUUGUAUUCCACGGGCCUAUGAACCUGCCAAUCAUCGCGGCGGCCGGCUCCGUCCUCAUCUCGAUCAUCAACUACACAGACGCGUGA